AGAGAGAAGAGUUUCCCACAGAGCAUGGCCUCUGCCAAAGAAGAUGACGUGAAUGAAAGAACAGUGGACAUUAAAGAAGAGGACUGUGAGCGGCUUACACCAGAGGAUGUGUGUGUGAAGCUGGAGGAUCACGAAGAAAGAAUUUCAGUUUUUAAAGAGGAAGAGGAGUGCAAGGGGGUGACUGUUACCAUUAAAGCUGAGGAUUUCAAUGAUUUCUCUGUUGUUCUUGAACUUCAAAAGCAUGAAACUGAGGAUAUUUUCAAGCAAGAUGCCUGUGAAGAAUCUCCAUCCAGUUUACAGCCCUGGUCCACUAGUACAGGACGACUGGCUACGCAGGAGAAUUCUGUAGAGCUGAAAUCGGAGUUAUCAGAGUCUGAAGAGAAAAUCACCGAGGGAAAUGGGAGAGAAGGAGAAGAGUCACCUGGGAGUGUUGGAAUAAAUUUACAGAAGAAUGGCAGCUUCUCUCCACCUUCCUUUGGUCAGCCCUCUCUUCAGUACAAAGAGAAAGGUAUGAAGACAUCAGCAAGAACAUCAGAGAGCCUAACAGCAGCCUUUUUGCAGUGCAGUUCUCUCCCUGCUACUGAAGUAACACAGACAGAAGCCAUCAAAACUGAUCGACAGCAAGUGGAGAAAGAAAUCCAAAUUCAUACUGGAAAAAAAUGUUUGGAAUGUGGCAAACGUUUUACACAAAAAAGUGCUCUUAAUGCGCAUAUGAAUAUUCACACAGGAGAAAAAACAUUUUGCUGUUUAGAAUGUGGUAAGUCUUUCCAAACUAGAAGCAAUCUUGUGAACCACAGAAGAAUCCACACAGGAGAAAAAUCUCAUUGUUGCCCAGAAUGUGGUAAGUCUUUCCGAAGUAUAAACAGUCUUCUGAACCACAGAAGAAUACACACUGGAGAAAAACCCCAUUGCUGUCCAGAAUGUGGCAAGUUGUACUCCUUUGUAAGCAGUCUUCAGAGGCACAGAAGAAUCCACACAGGAGAAAAGCCUCACUAUGAAGAAACGGCCUUGAAGCAUUACAAGCUGGUUGAUCCUGAUAGAAAUCUGAAGAGGAAACUCUGUGAGACACAUCAGAAAAGUCUAGAAUUGUUUUGUAAAACUGAUGAGACGUGUAUCUGCAUGAUGUGUGGAAUGACUGAACGUGAUGGUCAUGAAAAGGUUGAGCAGAAGAUGGAAAGAGAAGAACAGAAACAGCUGGGGGCGACACUGAGUGAAAUUAGGAGGAGACUUGAAGACAAAGAGAAGAAACUGAGGGAGACGAGGAAGACAGCAGAAGAGAUGAAGCUUUCUGUGGAAAGAGUGAUGAGGGAACACGAGAAGAGCUUCACUGAUCUGAUUCAUUGCAUUGAGGAAGCCCACAAGAAAUUGACAGAGAGGAUAAGAGAACAGGAAAAGAGAGAAAUGGAGAAGGCUGAAGGAGUCAUGGAGCAACUGGAGAAGGAGAUUGAGGAGCUGAAGAGGAGAGAAGCUGAGCUGAAGGAACUUUCAGAGACCAAGGACCACAUCCACUUCCUGCAGACUUUCUCAACUUGCUGUGUCCUUCCUGCUGAUGGAGACUCGCUCAGCUUUACUGUCACGAUUGAGUUUUCUUCUGAGGACCUGCUAAAGCACCUGUCAGGUCUGAAAAAGAGUCUGGAGAAGAUCAGCCAGCAGGACAUCCUGACAAGGACUCGACCAGAUCGUGAAGCUCCAAUCUUUACCCUACAGCCUCCACAACCUCGGAGCAGAGAGGAGUUUUUACAAUACUUCUGUCCCCUCACACUGGAUAUCAACACGGCACACAGAGACCUCCGUCUGUCUGAAGGGAACAAGAAGGUGACAUAUGAGGGACAAGCCAAAUAUCCUGAUCAUCCUGACAGAUUUGACUACUGGUGCCAAGUUCUGUGCAGAGAGGCUCUGACUGGGACUCGCUGUUACUGGGAGGUGGAGGGCAGUGGACUCUUCAUGAAGAUUGGAGUUGCAUAUAAAGGACUGAGCAGGAAAGGAGGGGGCGACGAGUGCCGCCUUGGAUACAAUGACAAGUCCUGGAGUUUGCAGAGGUCUGUUUUCCAGUGCUCUGUGUUUCACAAUAACCAAUGGACUGUAAUCAGCUCCCCCUCCAGCCCCAGAAUAGGUGUGUAUCUGGACUGGCCUUCUGGCUCUCUGUCAUUUUAUAGCGUCUCACACACAAUGACCCUCCUGCACAGGUUCAACACCUCCUUCACUGAGCCCCUCUAUCCAGGGUUUAGUGUUGGUCUUCACUCCAGUGCAUUUGCCACUUCAGCAAAUGUCCAAGGAACACUCAACUUGCCCUGA